AUGGUCUUUGCCCGGCGCCAGCUCGAGACGGAGAUUGCAUCACGGGCCAUGGAUCUGGAGGAGCUCAAGCGCCAGAGGAAGGACCGCCAGUCUGAAGAGGCGGCCGCCGCGGCAGCCGCGGAGCAAAGCUUCGUGGCGCGCCGGCGUGAGCUGGGCAACGCGAAGCGUGCGAAGAAGGAGGCACUUGAUGGUGUACUGGCAGCAGCUGAGGAGGAGGAGCAGGCUCUACGCUGGCAGCGGGCUCGGGCGGAGGCCUGUCACUCGAACGAGGCUGCACUGCAUGCUGCCUUGGCAUCGGAGCGCUCUAUAGCGCAACGUUGCCAGGUGGAGUUGCAGGAGGCUGAGCAGGUGCUGGACGAGCGUCGAGCUCACCUCGGCCUCGUGGAGGCCAGGCAGCUGGGUCUGCAGCAGCAGCAGGAGGUUGCCGAGGCCGAUCUUCGGGCUCGAUACGUCCAGCCCUCCUUGCUCAAGGCCUCUGAAGCCCAGCUUGCACUGCUUGCGCGCCAGCGCGGCGAGUUGCAGGUUUCUGUGGCGGCGAAGCGCGACGAGGAGAGACGUGCGGCUGAAGCCCUGGCAAGCGCUGAGUCGCCUGAGCGGCUCCAUGAACAACUUCUUCAUGAGCAGGCACGGGUGGAUGCCCUCACGGCUGAGUUCCACGAUGCAGAUCAGCAGAUGGACCUGCUAACUGGUGCGGUCCAGGAGACGCAGGAGGAGGCCGCGGCGCGCGAUGUGGCGCGCGCCAAGCGCCAGGGCGACUGGCGCAGGGCGGAGGCAGAGGUCCUCGAGCGCUUGGGGGAUGCCACCGCCAAGGAGGAAGCAGCCGAGGACAUGGCGCGAGCACUGUCAGAGGAGCUCGACAAGCUGCAGCAGGACUCGGAGCAGUUCGAUGAGGAUUUCGCGUGGCUGGAGGGCCGAGUGGAUGAGGUACGGCAGCACUGGUCUUUGGCAGACGAAGCACAGGCUGCGGAGCUUGCGGCCGUGGAGACGCGGAGUCUGCGCAGUGCCGAGGAGGUGGAGCACCAGCUCGCGUCCCUGAGUCGGUCCUUAGGGCGCGAGCUGCAGAAGCGGGGCGAGGUGAACAGCAAGAUCAAGGCCGAGAUGCGACGUGAUCAAGAACUCCUGGAAGGCUACCGCCAGGAAGAAGCGGCAGUCCAGGACCUCGUAGAGGGAAGGGACAUGCUCUUCUUCAUGGCCACGCUCGGUGCCCCAGAGUGA